AUGCCUGUUUGCCUUUGCCAGUGUCACUGCAACUCUCCGAUUCAGAAAUUACUGGAGCGUUGCACCGUGCAAAACAUUUUACUCGCGUGGCUGAUGGAAACGGAGCCCGUUAAACAUGUGCGCGAACGUUUUCGGCGCGUUGAAGAGCCUAUUUGGGAAGCCCUUUGAUGGUGGUAAGAGGACAAUGGAUCAUGGUGGUCAGCAGUCCCAGACUCAGCAGAUGCCAGGACCCUUUGCAGCUUUUGCAGGACAGCAGGGCCCAUAUCCUGGGCAGCAUCCAGCUUUGUCACGGCUGGAUGAAGUGCAGAAGGAGAUUGCCUCGCUGGGCCCUCAGGUGUGCUCUUACAGCGGCCUGCAGAACGACAGAGAGUAUAAGAGAUUGGAGCGUGAGCUGACCCGAUUACUGCUGGAGGUUGAUAAGGUGGAGACGGAAGGCCGUCCAGAGCUCCAGCUGCCUCGUAAGCGUGCAGCAGGAGAGGUAGAGGGUCUGCUCCACUACCUGGAGAGCAAUGCCACACACCCAUCCCGGCUGGCCAUUGAGGAACUGACCCAAGAGGCGAGAAACCUGUUGAAUGAAGGGGUUGUGAUGCCCUUUCGCCAGGGCCAGGCUCUAGAUGCCUUUGAGAUCAGUGAGGAGCUGGUGGAGGCUGUGCAGGAUGUGGCCAUGCGGCUGGCUCAAGUGAAGACGGGUGGAAGUGUACCACUCAGGAAAGCCCGUUAUAAGGCGCUAACACGGGUCUGUGCUGUACAGGAGAUACUGGAGGGUCGUGUACAAACUCAUACGUUGGCACUGCCACUGUCUGAUGACACACAUGAGGCUGUGCAGGGUAUUAAUGAAGUAAUGUCGCAGGUGAGUGGCGCCCGCUGCCAGGAAGUGGCUCUGCUGAUGGGUCUGAGUGGGCGUGACAGCUGUGCCCACUUAGCGAGGAUCCUUACAGAACUGUUGGUUAAACUUGAUGCCCUGGAUGUGUCUAGUAAUGCUGCUGUGAGGAACUACAGAAAACAAGUGGUGGAAGAGAUCAACGGUCUGUUGAAACAUCUUGACCUGGAGGGUGAAGGAGAAGACACACACAGGUAUGAUCUAGCACAGAAUGACUCUAUUCGUGAAAUUGAGGCAAUCAGGGGUCGUGUGUCAGUGCUGCGAGAGGAGGUGCUUCGGCAUGGAGCUACAGGACAGGGAAUAGAGCUGCAGGGUCUUCUUAACCAUCUGGACCAGGUAAACACAGGCCGAAAUCCCUGCAUACGGGAGGCGCGACGCAGGGCUGUACUGGAAGUUCAGGCACUCAUCACCUUCCUAGACCUCUGGGAAGCACUAGGACGGCGUAAUCCAGGGCCAGAUGAGCCUCCGCCUCAUGCAGCCGUGUGGCGAGUGCUGGGCAGUUUGUGUGAUCUGCAGGCUCAGGUGUUAGGCUUUGACGGCAAGAGGGCCGACAAGAGCUACAUGGUGUUGGAGGAGCUACUGACCAAACAACUUCUCGCUCUUGAUGCUGUGGACCCUCAGGGUGACCAGGGGACCAAAACUGCCCGUAAGCAAGCUGUUAAACAUGCCCAGAAUAUUCUUAGUUAUCUGGAUAUGAAGACGGAUGAGUGGGAGUACUGAGUGGAUGAGACACUGGAUUUCUCUGAUUAAAGAUCCGCAAAUGUGCGACAUAUCAGGACUAGCACGGCCUUGCCAACCAUACAGGCCAUGGGUGAAAUUUUUAAUUUGUAUAUAAAAGACUUUGUGUAUCGCCAUGGGUAGCGACACUGUUACCCAUGAUGCACUGUACCUGCUGCUUUUGUCGGCACAUUUCUGGUCCCUGAAAACAGCCAUCUUCUGGCAGGAGUUUCUGUUUCUUCUGCACAUGAAGCUUUUGUUUUCCUGACAAUAAUCCAUGAUGUUUUUGGUUGAAUCUGAGCUGUUGGUUGGUGUGGUGUGGUGCUAAACCCUGUUCUGCUGCCAAAAUCUGCUUUCUGCUUUACCACAUGCCUGUGUGGAGCACAUGUCUUUUUCGCAGUGUGAACACGUCACCUCUUCAGUCCUGUUGACUAUGACCCAUUUGGAAACACAUCAUUCCCUGAUUCGACCACAGCAUAUUGCACAAUGGGGCCAUUUCCAGAUAAUUACAGUGAUAGUUCACCCAAAAAUGAAGAUUACUCACCAUUUACUGUCUAUCAAGUGGUUCCAAACACACCCAAACAAGUUUCCUCUGUUUUUUGUACACUAAAGACAAUAUUUUGACAAGCUGAAAACCUAUAACUAUCGAAUUUCAUGGUAGGAAAAACAAAUAAUAGAACUUGGAAGUCAAUGGUAACAGAAUAUCUAGAUUUUUUUUUCAAAAUUAUUUCUUUUGCGUUCAACUGUUUAAAAAAAAAGGAAACUAUUGCAACAAGAUUUGCAACAAGAAAAGAAAAUUUUCAGUUUUGGGUGAACCAUCUCUUUAAACAUUCAGCCAAGCUUAGUGUUCAUAGUUUGCACUUUUAGUGCCCAAGCUCCUCAUAUAUAAACCCUGCAUAUAAACAACAACUUACCCUAAAUGUUGGAACAUUAUUUUUGGUUUUCUUGCAACUUCUACAUAUAACCCCCAGUUUACUUUAAGGACAUUGUAUUGUAAUAAACACUGCUUUGCGAUGUCAGUUUAAAAGUGAAGUAUGUAUUUUCUGUUAAAAUGGCUUAUAGUUUAAGCUAUUCAAACUGGGAAAGGAAGAAUUGUUUUCAACAUGAAUUUACACACUUGUCUUUUAAAGAAGACAACUGUGAAAAAGCAUGCGAGAGAAACAUUUGAACAAUUCAUUCAGUUUUGUCAGAUUUCAAAGUGGAUGGGGAAUCAAAAAUUCCAAUGAGGUAUUGUCUUUGGAGACGUUUCAUUUUAGUAUGGAUAUGGAGGACAAAAAAUAGAAACUAGUUCACAAGGUUUCCUUUUUUCUUCAUUGGUUUUUCUUGCUAUUGGGCAAAAAGUGCCUAUGCAAGCCACCAGGGAAUAGAGCGGAGACUAAAAGUGUGUGUCUGUGAUUGUUAAAAAAAAAAAAAAAAGUGGUGUGUGCUAUUUUGGUGGUGAGACUGAUCAAAGUGGACAGGGGCAUUCUAGGACAUUUGCAUUGGAGCAGUGUGGAAAGUCAGCAAGCUAUCAAACAAACACUCAAGAACUGUGGCUACAUUCACAGCUGAAUGUGACCCAAAUCCUAUUUUGUUUCCUGUCAAAUUUGGAUGAUAAUAUGAACAGCGAAAAUCACAUAUGACAUUUUUAAUUCAGAUAUGGUCCACAUUUUUAUAUACGGAUGGAUGAGAUAAAGCAGUGAGCUGCAUUUGACUUCACUUCAGUGUCAAUUACUAUUAUUAUUAUUAUCAUUAUUAUUAUUGUUUUUAGCAUUGGUUUGAAUCAUAAACAAAUGCAUGAUUAGCACUAUAUGAAACACUACAUAAAAAAGUAAGGCUGCAUGAUUAAUCGAGAUCAGGAUCUCUAUUUGAAUACAAAUUAUGCAUUAUCAAAUGACAAGGCUGACUUAAAGAACCAACAUCAAGCUAGUUUUUAUCAGGUAAUAACUAAAACACAGUAUUCAUUCAUUCAUUUUGGCUUAAUCCCUUUAUUAAUCUGGGAAUUAUACUAAUGAACCGCCAACUUAUCCAGCACAUGUUUUACACAGCGGAUGCCCUUCCAGCUACAACCCAUCACAUGGAAACACCCAUGCACUCUCAUUCACACACAUACACUACGGACAAUUUAGCUUAUCCAGUUCACUUGUAGCACAUGUCUUUGGACCCAGAGGAAACCUACGCGAAAAUGGGGAGAACAUGCAAACUCCACACAGAAAUGCCAAUGGACCAAGCUGGGGCUCAGGGGGGUAAUCAGUGACUUUCUUGCUGUGAGGUGAUCGUACUACCCACUGCGCCACAGUGAUGCCCUAAAACACAGUAUAUUUACCAUAAUUAUAUAAAGUGACAAUAUGAGUUAAAAAAUUCUAAUGUCAAAUAUCAAAUACAUUAAAUUUUAAUAUGGAUGUUGAAGAAUGUAAAAACCCAUUAUCAGAUUAUUAGAACAAAUUUAUGUAAAUAAUUCAAUGAUUCAUUCCUAAAGAUAGCCACUGCUUUUCAUUCUUGAAUUAAUUUCUUUUUAAUAGCUCAUCUAGGGAAGUGUUUGAUUUGGGCCACAUUUAAAAGGUCAUUUAACUUAAAUAAUAAAUAAUAAUAAAUAAAUAGUAAAAGGUCAAAAACUUCUGAUAAAAUUGAAAGUUUUUUUUUGACAAUUUAAUUGGGGACUUUGGCUUGAAGUGUGAAAAUCUACUAAAAUUCCAUAGAGACUUAUGCAGAAACUUGUAGGAGUAGCUAAUCGGUGGUUACAAAAAAAAAAAAAAACAACCCAGGAGUAUACAAUUCCACUGUUUACAAAUUUAUCACGGAUGCCAGGUGAUGGCCCUCAUAUGACUUUUUUUUUAGAAAUAAUAUCUGUCAUGAGUAUUGAGCCGGUACACUGAGCUGCUUUCUGCUAAUCUGAGCUGUCAGGUUACAAUUUACAGUUUAUUUCGGUCGUGUCCCAUUUGCGCUGUGGUCACUGCUCUCUGUUCUGCACUAGAUAAAAGCACAUCCAGAUUAAACAACCAUCAACAGUCAUGAAGCAACAAUCAAAGUCUGGUUGUGCUUGCAGGAAAUGCAGACAUUAGUUUUAAAUGCAUUCUUGUUGAAAAAGAUGAAGGUGCAGUGGUGUUGGAAAGGAAAGAAGCUGCAGAAAAAAAGCAAAAAAACGCUAGGUUGUGGUAAGAACAGAUUAAUAGUUAGUGCAGUUGCGCUCCCUAAUAAACAGGCAUUUUUUGUGCUAGUCAAUGACAGGAAUGUCAUACUGAUGUCAAUCUUGUUUGCAAGUCUUAAUACUGUUCUCUGUACUGUAGUACUUUACAAUAGGCUUGCAGUUGUUUUAGCCAGCCCAAUCUCAAAGAAAUGUAAAUAUUUUAAUGAGUUGAUGAAUUCAUACUAUUUUGUUUGUAUGAAAAUGUACGAUUUAUAAAAACGGCGUGCUCUCAAACCCCACCCCUAACUCUACCCCUCAUUUGGGAUGAUCAAAUCACACUAAAAUGUAUGAAAUAGAUCGUACAAAUGAAUGUGACUUAGCCACUAAAUCAAAAGUUACAAAUUGCAGUGAUUAUGAGAAUUAAAAGGGCUAGUUCUGCCAAAAAUUAAUUUCCUUACAAUUUCCUACACUUAGGUGGUUCUAAACUUUUAUGAAUGUCUUUCUGUUGGACACAAAACAAGCUAUUAUGAAGAAUGUUGGGAAAAAAAGAGUCAUUGAUAUCCAUUGUACACUCUCAGAAAAAAAUGGUGCAAUGUUUUACCAAAGAAGGUACAAACUCUUGUCACUAGGGCAGUACUUUUUAAUGGAACAGAAUUGUACCUUAAGACAAAGAAACAAAUUUGUACCAUUGCAGGUUGAACCUUUAAGGACAUGAUUUGUACCAUGGGAUACCAAAAUGUACCUUUGGUUUUUAAAACCUGCAAAGACAAUAGUGUACCUUCAUCAAAGUUAAAAAUCUGAUCCAUGAAGGUACCACUACAGUGACAAGACACUUUCUACCUUAGUGUCAAAUGUGUUCAUUAAUUUAAUUUACUUAAUUUUAAAAUAGAAAUAGACUUAUGCAAAAGUAUUGUUGUGAGAUAUGCACAAUGUUUGAUUAGUUUUACAAUACUAAAAUGUCUGCAUGAACACUUUGCAUAUGCAGGACUUUUGCCAGCUCAUUUGUGUAGUGGAAAGCAAAUGCCAAAAGGUGUGGAUAUCAAUAAUGAAAAUGUAUUUAUCAGAAAAUGCUUACCAAAUGUUUAUUAAAAAUGCCUUAAAUGUUUAG